GGGCGCCGGGGCUCCGGGUGCUGCGGGGCCGCGAGGCUCGGUGCCCGGGAGCGGGCGCGUGGCCGCGGGAGCGGGCGCCCCAGCCGGCCGCGAUCGCGGGAUCCCGGAGCUCGGCGAUGGCGAGGCCGGCGACCCUGGGGCAGAGGCCGCAGCCGUGGGGCCCCGUGGCCGGAGCCGCGUGACCGAGUCGUCGGAGCACCUGCCGGAAGCGGGGCGGGAGCGCGGCGGGCGUCAGGAUGCGGGCAUGAGGCCUCUGGAGACCCCGGGCUGCCCCCCGGCCGGGCGCUAGGAGCCGUGCCCGGGGCCCCGGCCGGGAGCCCUGCCGCCCAGGGGCAUGGCCAAACCCUCCUUCCGGCUCCAGAAGCUGGUUCGCCGCACGCGGUUCCUGCUCUUCUUUCUGUCGGCCGCCUACCUGAUGACGGGCAGCCUGCUGCUGCUGCAGCGAGCGCGCGUGGCCCUCCCGCCCGGGCCCCGGGCCCCCGGCCCCCUGCAGGCCCUACCCGUGGCCGCCGUGGCGCUGGGCGUCGGCCUGCUGGACAGCCAGGCGCUGCGGGCCCCGCGCGUCAGCCCGGACCUGCCGCUCGGCGUGGACGUGCCGCGGGGGCCCCCGGCCCGGGCCCGGCCCGGCCCCCGCUGGCUCCGGACCCGGAACCCGGAGCUGCGCCAGCCGCGGCGAGGCUGGUUCCACCACUUUGUGGGCGACCCCCAGGGGCCGCCCGCCCUGCGCCCCGAGGCCCCCGGGCCAGCCAUCGGGGGACGAGGUACGUACGUCGGAUGCUUCAGUGACAGUGGCCGGGACAGAACCCUGAAGGGGGCCGUGUUUUUUGACUUGCGAAAGAUGACCGUCUCCCACUGCCAGGAUGCGUGCGCUGAGCGGUCCUAUGUCUACGCGGGCUUGGAGGCGGGGGCGGAGUGCUACUGCGGGAACCGGCUCCCUGUGACGAGCGUCGGGCCGGAGGCCUGUAACCACGAGUGCAAAGGGGAGAAAGGCUCCGCGUGCGGGGGCGUCGGCCGGCUGUCGGUGUACCGCGUCCACGAGCUGCAGCCCGGCUCCAGGAAGCGGAGGACCGUCACGUACCGCGGAUGCUUCAGGUUGCCAGAGAACGGCACCCACACCUUCCCCGACUCCCUGUUGCAGCCCAACGCGACAGCAGAGGCGUGCUCGGGAUUUUGUUCCCAGAAAGAGUUCCCGCUGGCCGUCGUCCGGGGCCAGGAGUGCUACUGCGCUUACCCCACGCCUCAGUUCAGCCUUCGGGACGCCGUGGACAGCUCGCUGUGUGGCCGGGGGCCCGAGGCCCCAAGGCAGGCUGAGUACUGCGAGGUCUACCAGACGCCCGUGCAGGACACUCGCUGCACGGACCGGAGGUUCCUGCCCACCAAGUCCAAGGUGUUCGUGGCUCUGUCCAGCUUCCCGGGAGCCGGGAACACGUGGGUACGGCACCUCAUCGAGCAUGCCACGGGCUUCUACACCGGCAGCUACUACUUUGACGGGACGCUGUACAACAAGGGGUUCAAGGGCGAGAAGGACCACUGGCGGAGCCGGCGCACCAUCUGCGUGAAGACCCACGAGAGCGGCCGCAGGGAAAUCGAGAUGUUCGACUCGGCCAUCCUGCUGAUCCGGAACCCGUACAGGUCCCUGGUGGCCGAGUUCAACCGCAAAUGUGCCGGCCACCUGGGCUACGCGGCCGACCGCAACUGGAAGAGCAAAGAGUGGCCGGACUUCGUCAACAGCUACGCGGCCUGGUGGUCGUCGCACGUGCUGGACUGGCUGCGCUACGGCAAGCGGCUGCUGGUGGUGCACUACGAGGACCUGCGCCGCAGCCUGGUGCCCACGCUGCGGGACAUGGUGGCCUUCCUCAACGUGUCCGUGAGCGAGGAGCGGCUGCUGUGCGUGGAGAACAACAAGGAGGGCAGCUUCUGGCGGCGCGGCCGGCGCCCCCACGACCCCGAGCCCUUCACCCCCGAGAUGAGGACCCUCAUCGACGGCUACAUCCGGACGGUGGACCGGGCGCUGCGCGAGCACGGUGGGGCCGGGCUGCCGGGCGAGUAUGUGCCCAGAUGACGGCCCGGCGGCCUCGCUGCGGCCCCCAGCCCCGAGGUCGCCGGGCGGGCACCCGCCGCAGGACCCCCCGGCGCUCACACGCGCGUCCGCACACGCCGCCGCUCGCCUGCCCGCCCGCAGGUGCCCGGCCCCGCUGCGGGCUUGUGCCCGGACGCCAGGCCACGCGGGCAUCGGCGCAGUGGGCACCCGGCGUGGGCGGGGGGCUCGUGGACGCCGCUGACUGCACGUGACUCCCGGUGACCGCGUGUGGGGAGACCGCCAGGCACCGCAGUCCGCAGCCCCGCCUCUCCCCUCCCUGCAGACUGGCCGGCAGCGUGGGACACAGCGGAGCGCCGCCCCCCCCCCCCCCCCCACGCCGUGCACACAGCCACCUCAGGACCUGCCGCCAGCUCGGUGCCCCCCCCCCCCCCCAUCCAGCUUCGGUGCUUGGAGGGGCCCCUUCCCUGGCUUCUUCCUCCCACGUCCUGGGAAAGCUGGGAUUCACGCCAUCCCGGGUCGGGGUGAGGGGGAGGGGGUGAGUGGAGCCCAGACCCAAGGGAUCCAUGGGCCGGCAGGAGGGGGCUUGGGGUGGACGUGGAGAGACCAGGAGGGACUGCCUUGGGGGGCCACCUGGACUGGCUGCCCAACCCAUCUCCAGGGCCCUGCUCCCAGUGGGGUCCUGCGCCGGGGGCACAAGGAAGGGGGCGGCCAGGUCCAUCUGCACGGCCCUGGGGGGGGGGGGCGGGAAGGCCGUGGCUGCAGCUCCCGACUGUCCCCGAGGCCGAGCCCCCGUCCCUCGUUCUGGCACCGUCUCUGUGUGUGGGAGGCUGACGCCGCUGCCUGGUGGGGGCCCCCAUUCCCGGCUCACAGCCUUGGGGGGGCAGGGGAGGGGUGGUCACAAAUGGGAAUGAGAAGGCCAGCAGCAGAGGAGCGUGUGACGUGCCGGCUCCGGGGUCACCGUGGGCCUGGGUCUCGGGAGCGCACAGCCUGAACUGGUCCUGAGCAAUCUGUGGGAGUUAACCCAGCAGGCCAGAGGGAGAGGGUAUCGAGGCGGAGAGAACAGCAUGUACAGAGGCUCGGAAAACCCUGAUGCGUCUGCAAAAUAGGUGAAUAGGGUGGGGGGGGGGGUUGUCUCCGAGUCUGUGCGGCAGGAGGACGGGAGUGGGCGGGUGAGGACAGAGGUGGGGACCCAGGACCGGACCGUCCUCACAGCCACUCAGUGCUCAGCCUGGGGGGGCAGCGCCACUGAUGCCAACUUGGGUCUCCCUUCAAUGGCACCUCGGGCUCCGGCACAAGGCCCUGGAGACCAGAGCUGGGGUCUGGACGCGGGGGUGGGCCCCGGGCUGGCUGCAGGGGCUCAGCUGCACGCCACCCCCUGUGAGGCGAAUGAUGGUGGACAGGCCCGCGCCCAGCGGCCCCUGCACCCCGCAGCAGCUUCUCCAGGCCUGGGGUGACCCCAGCCAGGCCCCUGGGUCUGACCCCCCACCAGCCAGAGGCAGGCUGCACUGCGGGAAAAGGGGAUGUGAGAUUUUAAGGACCAGGCGUCAGAAUGCCCUGACCCUGCGUUCUCUGCCGGCCACGGGAAGCUGAGAGCCACCACGGCCGGGGGUGGGGGGACCCCGGCGGCCUGCCCUUCGCCUCCCUGCCCUUGGCUCGCCAAACCCACCCCCGCCCCUGCCUGUUCUGGACCCUCCCCACAGCCUCCCUCUGCUCUAAGCUGGGAACGCCUGGGUCUUCUUAAAGGCUCAUUGGCUCGGCUGUGGCUCUGCGGUCCGGUCCGGGAAGGCCGCUGAUGAGGCCGUUUCCCUGGGGUCGGAGGAGGGGGUGAGGCCCACCGAGAGUUCACAAGCCUGCCCUGGAAGGCGGCCCAGGGGCAAAACCAGAGACUCCGAGGGGACGGCGGCGCCCACUGAGGGAAGCCGACCGCCUCCUGCGGUGGGCUCCCCAGCUCCGGCCCUCACCCUUCCCGGCCACCCAGAUGACCUCGGGGAGAAGACCCAGGAGCCAGGGAGGCCGGGAAGGGCAGAGGUAUGGCUGGAGGGCCAACCUGAGCCUGGCCCUUGGGCUUCCCUCCCCCCUCCCCAGAGUCAGAAUAGCCACAGUGCGGGCCGUGCCUCCCGGUAGACGGUUCAUUCCCUGCCCCAGGUGCCCGAGACCUCCUCCCCUUCUAGGUCGACAGCCACCCACUCUGAUGGCCUUGUAGCUCACAGGGCACCUUAGCCGGCCGUGCACAUGAAUACAAUGGGGUCAGGGUCCACACACAGGGGCCCGACUGCCUGUUCUCAGCGGCCGGCACCACGGCCUACUCCGGGGGGAGAGCCUGGAAGCAGGGGAAGGGACCGGCUGUCCUCGGGGCACGUCCGUCGGGUCUCUGCGAGUGCAGCCUCCCAGAGCCCUCCGCUUCUACCCCAAGCGGCCAAGGAGUAAGAGCCGGUGUGAAUCUGGGGGGAGACCUGAGGCAGGACCCCGACUGCCUCCAGGCCCCACCCUCAAUGGCGAGGCUGCAAAGUCACACGAACCUGUGUGAAAACAUAAUUUCCACGGGUUCCUGUUCCCGUCGCAGAUCAAUUUGGGAAAGCCAAAACGUAGCGCAAAAAAAAAAAAAAAAGCAAAAGCUAAGACACAUUUCUGAUAAUCGCAGUGAUGUGUCAAUGAGAGAGAACAGUCAGGCUCCCAGACCCCGGGGAAGGAAACUGCUUAAUCACAUGCGCGUCUUGUAGCGAAGUGUCUCACAGCUAAAAUCAGAUCCUGAGUGCACGAACGUUUGCGCACACGAUGCAUUUUCCCCUGAAAAGUAGCAGGAGCCACUCGGCUCCUGGGGCCCCCCGUGGGGAGAGGGCAGUGCUGGGGGUGGCCUUUGUGGCUGUGAGAGCUCUUGGGGCACAGGCUCGUUUUCUUCCGGUCGGAACGGUGGCCUCCAGCACAGUUCGCUGGCGUCCAGGGAUCAACCGUCCUGGACGCUGGACACACACAGGUCGCCGCUCAGCACAGGGUGAGCUGGCGUAUAAGAUGCAGGGGUGUGGUGGGGGGGUGUCGGCUGUGCCAUCUGCUUUGCCCGCAGCCCCCAUCUCUGCCGGGGGGGGGGGGUUCAGGGUCCCCACCUCCGGGGUGGAACCCCCAGUCUGGACGAGGCCAGCGGCUCCUUCUGACUCUCUGGCUACGGGUUGGUUCACAGACACAGCUCGGCCAGAGCGACCCCGCCACGUGGCGAAUGUCCAGCAGAGACCGUGCUGCUGGCGUGAGGGGUCGUGGGUGGCGCCCCAUCCUUAGCCUGAAGUGGAUCCCGCUGUGGGGACAGUUGGGGGCACAGAAAAACCAGGUCCUUGGUGACAUCGCUAAGUACGUACGAUCAAGCUUCGCCGGCGUUUGCGCUCCGUGUGGACGGUUUUGUUACGUGAGCCAAUAAAUCCCUUAUUGUUUA